UCAACCUUGCAUCAGACUUCGCAUGGCGUCACAAAACCGCCGUAAGUUUGUUGAUCUCCGGGAACUGCUUUGAGGAUCGCGUUGUUUUUCAAAGUAAAUCCUGUUGGAUUAAGCGAGUGCCUGUUCAUCAAGAGACGAAAAAUAUUCGAACAACAAGAAUUCAUAUAAUAUGAAUCGCUUGGACGAUCUCCCAGGCCUAAGUAAGGGACGGAAAACAUCUUACAUCGGGAUGAACGGUGGGCCAGAAACCGAUGACCAACAGCGACUUCGCUUUCAGGUUGAGUUGGAAUUUGUCCAAUGUCUCGCUAAUCCCAACUAUCUGAAUUUUCUGGGUCAGCGAGGAUAUUUCAAAGAUUCCACCUUCAUCAAUUACCUCAAGUAUCUACUUUACUGGAAGGAGCCAGAGUAUGCCAAAUACUUGAAGUACCCGAUGUGCCUCUAUUUUCUGGACUUACUACAGUACGAGCAUUUCCGACGUGAAGUUGUAAACGCUCAGUGCACAAAAUUCAUUGACGAUCAACAAAUAUUGCUGUGGCAGCAUUACACCAGACGCAGAACAAGGUUACUGCAAACAGCUGCAGAACAAACACAGCCCAAUAAUGCCCAAAACAACGGUAUGGUGCAGCCAAAAGUACCGUAGAGACUGUAAAAAAAACUUGUUACUUUAAUCUUAGACGGUAAAACACAUUGUUAAUAAUAUUUAACAACUUCAACUGUACAUUUUGUUCCUUUUUGUUCAUUCGUAUUAUUCCUCAUGUAAUGAAUACUUGUUUAAAUCAAAAUAAAGACUUCUUUUAUA